GCUGUCAUUGAAAACAUGUGUGCUUGUUUUGGUAGAUUGCCGGCAAAUCACCCGCACGCAGUACAUAUUGUUCAAUUUUAACCAGCCGCGUUUACUUUUAAAAUGUUUUACAUUAUCGGUCUGGGUCUUGGCGAUCCGGAGGACAUCACUGUAAAAGGGUUGAACAUAAUUAAACAGUGUGAACGCGUUUAUCUGGAGUCAUACACAUCAAUUUUAUGCUGUGGACAAGAGAAAUUGGAAGAAUUCUAUGGCAGGAAACUCAUUCUUGCCGAUCGUGAGAUGGUCGAACAACGUGCAGACGAAAUCUUGGAAGGUGCCGACACUCAAUCAAUAGCCUUCCUGGUCGUUGGAGAUCCGUUUGGCGCAACCACUCACACCGACCUAAUGCUUCGAGCUAAGGAAAAAGGCAUCAAAACAGCCAUUGUUCACAAUGCGUCUAUAAUGAAUGCUAUUGGAUGCUGUGGGUUGCAGCUGUAUCAUUUUGGUGAAACAGUUUCUAUUCCCUACUGGGACGAUAGCUGGAAACCGGACAGCUUUUAUGACAAAAUUGUAGCAAAUCUCGAGCAUGGACUACAUACGCUGUGUCUUUUGGAUAUAAAAGUAAAGGAACCAACGUUGGAGUCGUUAAUGAAAAAGAAACGCGAAUACAUGCCUCCCCGGUUUAUGUCGGUAAGUGAAGCGGCUGGACAGUUGCUAGAGAUUGUCGCAAACAAAUCGGCGCAAAAUGAGACAGAUAAUAAUGGCCCCCAGAAAGAGCAUGGGCUUAAGGAAAACUCGCUGGUAGUUGGUCUUGCCCGUGUUGGUCAUGAAACACAGCAAAUUGUUGCCUGUUCACUGAGAGAAAUGGAGCAUAUCGAUCUGGGACCACCAUUACAUUCGUUAAUCAUUCCCAACAGGAAUCUGCAUGCGUUAGAAAAGGAGUUCUUGCAACAGUUUGCUGAGCUAGACCAACAAUUAUUGUGAGCCAUUGUUGAUUAUUUUUGGAAUAAAAUAAAAACCUGUCAAUAACCACCA